AUGGAACCUCCACCCCCAGACGCUGAGUUGUACCCCCGGGCCGGACGCAGCACCUUCCUUCGUAUAAGGCUCGAUGUCCUCUUUAACAACAUCUCCAUUCUCAAGCAACGAUGUUCGGCCCAUACAGACAUCAUAGCAGUGGUGAAAGCCAACGCCUACGGUCAUGGCAGCGUGGAAAUAUCCAGGUAUCUGGAGUCCCGGGGGGUCGGGCACUUCGCCGUCGCCAUCCCAGAGGAAGGCGCUCAGCUGAGGCAGGCAGGGAUACAGGGACACAUACUGAUUUUAGGUAACGCCAUCGAGGAGGACAUCCCGAUAUUAGUGAAGUAUACGUUGACACCGACGGUGGCGGAACUCAAAUUCCUCAAGGAAUGGUGUAAGGCCACCACAAAAGACCCUAAACGGGGUAAGGAAUGGUCCCCAACUUCCGCUUGUUGGGAGAGUGUCCAUGGACGCCAUCACAGUCCGCUUGAUGAACCAAAGCCUUCGUCCACAACGUUCAACAUCAUCACUGACGACUUCACCUCCCCCAACAGCGUGACAAAGAUGGCUGCUACUCGGCAAAAUCCUCACGAGGUGACGACAAGUCUAGCUGCCAGACUACCUCGCGUGUUUUGUCUGGCGGACAUGUUGUAG